UCACAAUAGGAGCGGGUAACAGACAUGAAUGAACACAAAUCGUUUUAAUAGGGGGGAGAACACUGUCAUGUGAAAGAGAAAAACUACAGCCAAGCAAAGGUUAAAGUUCCAGGACAAGGAAGUGACGUCAGACGCAAGCAGGCCGACGCCAUACGCCGAAAGAAGGAAAUACUUAGCGCGUCCUUUUGCUCAUCUCUGCGUUCUCCAGCCGGAAGUAUCCGGUUGGAAAAAGUAGUUGCUGUAGACAAAUAGACCGGGGGUAAUUUAGUUCCGGUACAGAUGGCGAGUCAGUAGGAACUCCACGGUUCGGAGAAGGGUUGGUGGACGCCGGAGGGAAGGUUUAUCCUUCCUUCCUGGCUGCCGCUGCCAUGAUCCCGAUUCCGCUAGUGGUGCUGGUGAUGGGGGGUUGGUGCGCUAUUUACCUGGCCGACACCUUGCUGAAGGCAUCAGAUUCUUUGAAGACUUCUUAUGAAGAGUGGCUGACAUCUUACGGAUUGAGCAUCUCCCCUUUUCACAUACGAUGGCAAACUUCUGUCUUCAAUCGUCUCUUUUAUGAUUGGGGACGGUGGAAACCCAGGCUGCUUUACCAGUGGUUCAAUUUAGGAAUGGUCUUUGGAAUAAUUGCCAUGUUCAGUUCUAUUCUCCUCCUUGGGAAAACCCUGAUACAGACUUUGUCACAAAUGCUGACUGAAGCUCCUUCAGCUCAGAAUGAUCGAAUGCUACAAGUUGUGGUUCCUGGUGUAAAUUUACCUGUCAGCCAACUGACCUAUUUCUUUACUGCAAUCCUUAUUAGUGGUGUCAUACAUGAAAUUGGCCAUGGGGUGGCAGCUAUCCGAGAACAAGUUCGAUUUAAUGGAUUUGGAAUUUUUAUCUUCAUUGUUUAUCCUGGAGCAUUUGUUGAUCUAUUCACUACUCAUUUGCAACUUAUAUCUCCAGUCCAGCAGCUAAGAAUAUUCUGUGCAGGUGUCUGGCACAAUUUUGUACUUGGUGUUUUAAGUCUUGUGGCUCUCUUUCUGCUACCUGUAAUUCUUUUCCCACUUUAUUACACUGGAGUUGGAGCCCUUAUUCUUGAUGUCACUGAGGAUUCACCUGCUAAUGGACCCAGAGGUCUCUUUGUGGGAGACCUAGUCACCCAGCUACAAGACUGUUCAGUUCAUAAAGUGGAAGAUUGGAAUUCCUGUUUAGGGAUCAUUUCACAGGAACCACAGAUUGGUUACUGUAUAAGUUCAGCAACUUUGCAACAGUUAAGCUUCCCAGCCAGAGUGUACAAAAGGCUUGAUGGGACAGUUGAAUGUUGCAAUAACAACAGCCUCACCGAUAUCUGCUUUUCCUACAGUAAUAAUGUGGAUUCUCAUUUGCAUGCCUGUCUACCAGCCCGGAAAACAAUUGAAGCCAAUCAAGUUUGUCGAAGUAAUGCAGAUUGUCAAAAGGACUUUAUUUCAAGUUUAUGUGUAAUACCAUCUUUGGAAAAUCAAACUCGAUUAAUAAGGGUGAAACACUCAUCUCAGAUUGACAUGCUGUUUGUAGGACAUCCACUGCAUCUUCAGUAUACAGUGAGCCUCAGCAGUUUCAUCCCACGAUUCAACUUUCUAAGCAUUGAUCUACCUGUGAUAAUGGAGACAUUUUUCAAAUACCUGAUUUCACUCUCAGGAGCACUGGCUGUCAUCAAUGCUGUGCCCUGCUUUGCUUUAGAUGGACAGUGGAUGUUAAACUCUUUUCUUGAAGCCACCCUUAGUUCACUGAUCAUAGACAAACAAAAUAGAGAUUUGCUAGGAUUUUUGAUCUUGCUUGCUGGUAGUACACUUUUGGCUGCCAAUGUGGCCCUGGGGCUCUGGAUGGUGACAGCUCGAUAAUAUAUAGGAAUAUAGAUGAUAUGUAUAGAUAUCUAUAUCUGGACUGUGUCAACAAACUCUUUGAGUUAUAAUGUGCAAAAACAAAACCCAAACCCCAUAAAAUUUGUUGCUGAUUUAAAAGAAAAAUUUUUUUGCUUGUUUUGAAAUAUAAAAAACUUCAUUAAAUCUAUUUCAAUCAGCAACACUUAAUGAGAUGCUACUAAGCCUAGAGGUUUAUGCUAGGUAUUCUCCAAAAUAUCUUGUUACCCCACUAACAAAAGAAAUAAGAAAGAUCUGAUCUCUGACCUCAAACUAUUUCAGUCUGGUUAUGAUAACAUGUACAUUAAUUUGGACUUUUUAAAGUUCAUCUAUAAAAAUUGUAGUAUAAUAUCUAAGCAUUGUGUUAUCUUGGGGUAAGGGAAUGAUUGAAGGUGAAGAGAUGAAUUUUAUCAGAUUUUUGAAGGAAGCAAGAGAUAUUUUGUAACCACAUAGGAAAGCUGAGAAUUUUCUAGGCUGGCCACAACUGAAUCAGACCAUCUUUGACCUUCACUGUUUUCAGUUUAGUGCUGUAUUAUGUGUCACAAGACAAAGCUUAGGUAAUAAAGACAGAUCUGGUCUCUGAGUCAGAAAGACUUGAGUGCAAAUCUUGAAUCUGCCAUAUAACUGGUUUUGUAACACUAGGCAAGACAAUGUCUUAGUGCCCUAUGUUAGUGUGCUAAGACUGAAAGUUGCAGAAUUGUUAUUGAUUAACAUUAGGAGAGGGAGUUUCCUCACCCUAAGUUUUCCACACCAAUGCACCAACAGAUCCAGACCAAAAAUUUUGUUUCUUUAAAGCAGCUCUGAUUAAACAUUAUUCUCUUGAUAAAAUUUUGUUUACAUAGAUGUGGUAUUCAGAAAUUUCCCUGAAUUAUUGUUCUGGGGUGUGUGUGUGUGUGUGUGUGUGUGUGUGUGUGUGUGUAAAUUGACAACAAAAAAAGAAAACAUCUAGACAUUUUUCAGGCCCUGUCUGUGACUCUAAAUAUGCUUGGAGAUUUUUUAAUCUCUUCUACCUUUUUUAAGGUAGAAGCUGGGACCCACCACAUCAUGAGGUUUGCUUUCUAGCACUGUAAUAGUAGGUAACUCUUGGAUAAGGUAUCAUCUUAUCUUUAAAAAACCGUUUUAUUGGUGACUUUGUGCCACAUUUUAUCAGUCUGCCUUGACGGUGUUUUUGAACCUGCUACUCAUAGUAAGGCUGCUCUAUGGACAUUAUGUUCUUUCAGGGUCUUUCCUUUGCUGUGCCUGGCAAGUUUGGCUAGAUUCUGGUUUUUCCCUAGAGUAAAGGCAUUUGUAGCUACUUCACUUAGUCCUAGCCUUGGUGUCAGACUUCUACAACAGGAGCUACCUUUCCGAGGAGGCAGUUAAGUGGGAACAUAGAAAUGGGAAUGGCAUUCCAUCCCAGCCUAAAUGGAUCUUUGAGUUUGAUAUCGAACACAAAGUAAAGUCUUAAGACUUUAUUAGGGCAUGAUUUAUCAGUAUUAUCUAAGCCAUUCUGGAAACACAUGGCCUCACAGCUACUAGAUUUUACAAGAGGAUUGUCUUUUCUCCCUAAAAGAGGGAGGGUUGAUUAGUCACUUGGGAAGAGUUCUUCGAAUCUACUCAUCCCCUAGACACUAAUAGUAUGACCAUUUGUCACAAUAUAUGCAUAGAAUAAAUUUCCCUACAUUUUCUGUGGCCGUAAUUAUUACAGAGUUCUUGAGAGCAAGGGUUCUUUCUUGUUGUUCAAAAUAACUUGAUAUUUACAGUUUCUUAUAUUUCUUGAAUCCUUUCUUUGGUUUAUUCAACAUGGGUGAAAUCCUUGACAACUGCAAGCCCUUCUCUUGGUUCCCAAUUCUCCCCUUGAACAUGAUUCUCUCCUUGUUUUAGGCUGCCCUUCUUAUCCUUUUUUUGGUCACAAUCUACCCUGAUAACCUGGAAAGUAGCUAAGGAAGGAAAUGGUCCAUGAUUGGACCAGGUUUUUUAUCUGUCAUGAAUAUGUCAAAGUAGAAGUUCUGGUAUCCUUUAUAAUGAUUUUUUUCUGACAAUCACCUGAGAAAUCUAAGGAAAGGUCUUUUUAGUAGAUUCUGGAAACAACUAAAGAAUGCUUUAGAGAGGUUAAUGCAAAUUCAGAACCAAGCAUUUAAGUAUUAUGUGAGUAAUAGUCAGCCUCUUGAGAUCUUCACAGAGUUCCAUUGGUAUAGAAGGCUUAAGCUAAAAUGGGUAUUAUAUGUAAGAACAGUGUUUUAUGGAGACCUAGACGUCUAUCUUUUAUUGAAACAACCACACUGGUUCUAUUACUCCAAUAGGGAACAGUAAUGAAAAGUUUUCUCAAAUCUCCAAGGCACCAUAAAAUGCAAGGAAAAGAAUUGCAUCAAAAGACCCUGGAUAAACUGGAGGACUAGAGAAAUAAGAUUUUUCAAAUUUAAAUAAAAACGAAGAUGACGACUCCUCAUAGUUAUUGUGAGUAUAAUCAUAGAAUUAUACACAGUUCCAGGAAAACAUCCCUUGAUGCCACUUAGAAAAACAGAAAACUAAAAAGAGAUCAUUUCUUUAGCUGUGGAAUUUGUUUUAUUAAGUGAGUUCACUAGUGAAUUGUGUAAAGGGUGGUAUUUGAUAGAAAUGUGUAUGAGAAGAUCAUGAUUAAAGAGAAAUUUGUGAAGUAGGAAAACAUACUUCUGUGUUUAAAAUUGCAAGAUAUGUCUUUGUGCACAAGAUGUAAAAAUUAUAGUUCUCAUGUUACUUGUCUUAUGGGAUAAUGUCCAUUUUUUAAUUGCUUAGCAUGAUUAUGAAAAUGAAUUAUUUUAGGGAUAAAGAAAAUUGUCAUUGUGCUGCUAUUUAAUUUAAGCAAGGAUUUCCAAACUCUGUAGUGUUCCAACUAUGGUGCCAUAUUUAUACCUUUUUUUUCUUUUUUCUUUAGAAAACAUUAUUUAUAUAAAAAAUUAAAAAUUUGUUUUCUGUAAAACAUCUCCAUUUAUCAAAACAUACUGAAUUUUACCUUUCUGAUACUAUUUCUGUAGAAAUUCUGUAGAUGUUUGUAGAAAUCAUUACCUUAUUCCAAACUGAAAUGUGUGAACAUAUUACUUGUCAACUUGUUGAGCUGAGUCAUCAGAUUGCAUGUGUUAAAUGUCUACAUGUUAGUAAUACAUAAGCUCCUAAAAAGCCUUUUGAUCCUACUGUAUUAUAUGUACAAUGAAACCUUUUUCUUAAAAAAAAAAAAAUAAUAAUAUACAUCUAGGCAUGAUAAUGUAUGCCUGUAUUCCUUGCUUCUGGAAAAGGCUAAAGCUCAGAAGUUCUGAGCUGUAGUAGAGCCAAAGACUAUCAGGUGUCUAAACUAAAUAUGAUACCAACCUGAUUAGCCCCUUUGAGAAUAGAACUAUAGGUUGUCUAAGCAGUGUCUAACUUGUCUCAAGUCAGAAACAGAGCAGGUUAAAGUUUCCAUAUUGAUUAAUAGUGAGAAUAAUCCAUCAGUGGCUGCUGAAUGUCCAGCUUGUACAAAAUAAGGAGAGCCAGUUUCUCUUCUUCCCCUUAAAAAAAGUUAUGCUUCAACUUGAAGACAACUUAAUUGCUGGCAGCUGAUGUUAAUAAAUAACAACAUGAAAUAAAAUUUUCUACUUUAUGUUUAUACUGACUUGAUUCUACUUCCUUUUGAUCAAAUUUUCUCUUUUGUUGAUUUAAUAAUGUCUUAAUUGCCUAUAAUACUUUAAUAUUUUUGUCUAAAAUGAAAACAUUCCUAUUUAAAAACAAUCACUGGUUCUCUGUUAACUUCAGAAAUUUCUUGGUACAAACUCUGAAGCCCAUUUUAAAUUCUGUUCUUUUGCAGUAACUACUUUUAUGUGUAUGGUGAUGUAUUUAACCUUUAGAUAUAACAAUAUUUUAUUUGCAUAUAAAAAUAAUUUUAAAAAAAUAUUUACAUCAAUUAACUUUUUUAAAUGUUUCAGUUUUUUAGGGAUUUUCAGGAAAAAGAUAUUAGCUAUUUGUUUUAUGUUGUAUCAAUUUCUUAAACCCCCACAUAUAAUAUUUCUUUCAAAAAGUUUUCCACCCAAGCUUUGCCUAUAUUUCAUAAAGCCCAGUAAGUUGUACUUAUCAAAACAGAUUAGAAACAGUUGUAAUUUUGCUUUGUGCAACUGGGACAAUUGGCUAGGGAAGUUUUCAUACCUGAAAUAUUUUAUUUUAUUGUAAUAAAUGAUGAUUGUUUUCUGCUCUAGGCUUUUAUAUUCUGAGCCCUUUUCAAGUGUGAGCUCUAUGUUUAUGAUGGGACAGAAGAAGGAAUAGGACUUCUCUAGUAAAUGAAAGUUAAGUAAGAAAGAAAAUCAAAAUGUAAUUUUUGAUACUCGAAGUUUUUUUUUUUUUUUUUUUUCCCAUCUUGCUUGGAUUAAGUAGAGAGUCUGUUUCUUUCCAGACUGUUAGCUUGCUGAUGAAUUAAAUACGUUCAUCAUUUCAAAAGAAUAGGGAAAAUCAAAUAGGCUAUGUGGUUACAUUUUAUUUACGAAACAAUAAACCUAUUUUAAUCUAUGUCUCUAAAAUGUUUAUUUUACUUGUGAGGCUUCACUCAUUUGAAUGAUCCAUUGUAUAUUUUAUCAGAGCAUGGCAAAUGAAUUCAAUGAAAGGAAAACCUCUUUUUCUGACCUUAUUAAUGGUACAAUAGGUUGUACUCCUUAGGGUGGAGAUAGAGAAAAAUGGAUCCAGGAAGCUGCAACUCUAGUUACCCAGGUUCACUAUUGUAUAAUUUACUUUAGUGUUAAGGGGGGGAGGGAGGGGAGAGAGAGGAGGAAAGGGAAUGCCUUUAUUUCAUGAUUCCCAGUUUCAGGAGAUGAUGAAAAUUCUGUAAUUUUCAUGUUCAGCUGAGUUUCUUUGGUUCAACAGAAUAAUUGUGAAACAUUUGCAAGUAUUACUUUGUCUUAGAAAUAGUUUUUGGCUAACUACUUCCCAUGGAAUAUGUAGAAUAGUUUUUUCCCCCAAGAAAAUUGCCUUAAUGCUUUUUUAUAUCACAUUCAUUUUCUUAAAAAAAAAAAAAAAAAAAAAAAAACUUAAAUUCAAUUUCAUUUUUGUUCCCAUCAAAUUUAUUUUCAAAUAUAUACUUCUUUCCCUAUCAGACUUUCAUUGUAAAAUACUAUAAAUAACAUAUUUGAAUGGAAGAAAUAAAUAGGCACUUAUUAAGCACCUAUGUGUGCACUGUACUAAUAAGCACUUCACAAAUAUUUCUAUUUAAUCAUCAUAGCAAUUCUGGGAGGUAGUUAAUAUUAUUAUCUCCAUUUUAUAGUUGAUGAAAUUGAAGCAGACAAAGGUUAAUUGACUUGCAUAAGAUCACUCAUCUAAUAAGUUGUUUCUGAAGUCAAAUUUGAAUUCAGGUCUUUUUGAUUCCAGACUUGGUGCUCUAUCCAUUGUGCCCAUCUAGGUGUCUCAUCACUAUAAUCAAUGAAUACUUGAUUUGGGUUUUUAUUAAUACUCUUAUUUGUCUGUAGCCUGAUUGAUUUUGACUCCAGAAUUUUUUUUUUAAAGCUCUAAGCCAACACUUACCUGGAUUACCCUCUUUCAACAGACAUUAAUUUGUUUAUUAAAGUACAGUCUGUGUACUCUAGGGAUACCAAGAAAAAAAAUAAAACAAUCCCACCCACACAGCUUACAACUUGCUCUAUGGUAAGUUACACAAUAUGUUCAGAAAUACAGUUCAAGGUAGAAUAUGAUAGGAUCAAAGCAAAGAGCCAAAGUACUCCGGGAAUAUUGGAGAAGGAGUUGAUCAGUUUAAAAUUAGAAAGAUCAGAAAAAGCUUGUUGGAGCAGAUAAUGCUUAAAAUAUUACCAAAACUGGGUCCUGAAACCAAUUGUUCUUCAUGGACAGACUAUGACAUGAUCCAAAUAUGAAAGCAUGUAGUCUAUGGAAUAAUUGAAAAUGUAUUGGUAGGAAAAGACUUCUUGUCUAGGCAGACCAUAGUUUAUCAAAAUGGACCUUUGUGCUGUUCUAAAGAACCAAAUCAUUAUUAGGGAUUAUAAGAGAAAUAUGGUAGUUUUUCUCCUUUAUCUAUUGGAAAUCUAAAUUGAAAUAAGAAAAAAGAAAUUGAACUGUGUAAAUUUUAAAUUUUAUGGGAAUUCUCAAAAGAAAAGGUAUUUUCAUAUUAAAGAAGUAAAAAUACCAAAAAUGUGAAGAGUCAUUAGAAGAAAAGGGCCAUAAACUUAAAAACUAGAGGAAUGGCAUCAGGUUUCUUAUUGGCAAACCAAAAACUACAUACCAUGGUUAAAGAUUAAUAGGCAUCCUUCAGGAAAAAAAAUCAAAAGGAAUAAAUAAAAGAAAUCUUUGUGCUGAUGCAGCAGUUUCUAACAUGUUAAAACCAUGAUGAUUAACCAUUGCUGGAGGAGAAGGGACAUACUCCAGAAUAAAAUAACUAGAAAGGCCCAGCCUAGUAUUACAGAUUUUACAUUUGAAAAAGAAUGAGCAAGUAAAGAAAAAUCUCAACAUAAGAAUUUAGAUAUGUCUCUAUAUUUGAAGUUUCACUUUCUUGUCAAAAGUUGUUUCUUUCAGCCCAAUAGAUUUGUUUAGUUUUUUUUUUUUUUUAAAUAAGUCAACAAGUAUUAAGAGCUUACUAUGUGCUGACACUAAGCUAAGUACUCAGUAAACAAAGAAAGGCAAAACAGUUCCUAGGCAGUAAGUCAAAAAGUAAAUAACUAGGUGCAUACAGAAUCAUAUAGGAUAAAAGAAGAUGAAUCUCUGAAAAAUAACAGCAACAUGUAUGGGGACUAAGGAAAGGUCUCUUGUAAAAUAUGGGACUUGAGCUGAAUUUUAAAGGAAUCUAAGUAAAAAGAUUCCAAGGUAAAUGGCAGGGUAUUCCAGGUAUAGAGAAUAGUCAAUGCAAGGCCAAGGGAGUCAUCAUUUUUUUAACCUGUGCCUUAAUCCCUCCAGGAGUUUGCUCUCUGAAACAAAUUAGUUUGAUUCCUUUCUGUAAAAAAUGUGUUAGUGAAUGAUGGCGAGUUAAUUUGUUACUGAGUAUUUUCAUUUCCUACUAUUUUCUUCCAUUUCUAUAACUUUCCUUUUUUCCAUAGUCCUUUCCUUUCCCUUCAUUCACUCUGGUUCAAUGUCUUUCAUUCCACUUGGAAGCUCUUUAUUUUCUAAGGGGUAUUUUCUGUAUGUUUUACUAAAAUGUUAGGUCUAAGUAUUAAAAUCUAACAAAAAAUAUAUUCACUGUCUAUACUUAAGGAAAUGAAAAAUAUUCUUUCUCAUAUUGUAAAGAAACUUCACUUGGAAAUUUUACCCCUUAACAGAUAAAAUAAUUCUUGUGUAAGAGAGGUCUUAUGUUUGAGGCUUUUCUGUUCAAUUCAUUUUUCUCUCAGUUUAGCAUCUUAGAAAUACAUGGAUUCUUCCCAUCAUACUUGGCAAUAAAGUUUAAAUCUUUUCACAUAUGUAUUUUAACAUUCUUAUUGGCUCAGUUAUAACUUUUUCCCCCAAGAAAACCUCAAAUACUGUUACAUACAUAUGGAAGAAUAUAACAUCUAGUAUUUUAAAAUGUAGAAAACAUUUAAAUGAUUUUUCCUUUAACCACAUUUCAUUGAAGUACAAUAGAGAUCGUUUCAAAAGAUGUUGGGGUAUUGUAUUCUCAGUUAUAUACAUAUAUAUACAUAUGUCUCUGUGUGUAUGUGUGUAUAUAUAUAUAUGCAUAUAUAUAAUUAAAUAUGUAUAUAAUUUCAAUGUUAUUAAUUGGAAAAUCUGCUUGCCUGCACAUGCUUUGUGAUUUUACCUUUCUCUGUGGAUUGUCUGUCAUUCAUCUUAAUUGUAUAAAAUCUAUUUGUAGAUGGUUCUCUAAAAUAAGUAUGUAAUCUUUAUCUUCAGCUAUUUGGGUAUUCUAAUGAAUAAUUCUGAAAUACUGCAUUUCUGGAUUACUGUCCCAUACAUGUAUUGUUUAUUUGUAAGUUUCAGAGAGUGAUACAUUCUGACAAUGUUAAAACUAAGAUAAUUGAGUAUAUGUGUUUGAAUUGUAUUUGUUGCUAUUUAUUUUAGUAUUUUUUCUACUUAUAAUAAAUUUUCUAUUUAAAAUUCA